AUGUCGUCGACCACUUCGUCGCCAGGCGCCAAGAUCCAAGAGGCCGUCGUCGAGAAGCUUCCUCACAUUCCCGAGACCAAGGAGGAGCUCAAGGCCGAGAUCAAGGCUGAGGCCAAGGCCGCCGCCUCCGCGGGCGCUUCCCAGCUAAGGUCCUUUGUCGCCGGUGGUUUCGGUGGUGUCUGCGCCGUCGUCGUCGGCCACCCCUUUGAUCUCGCCAAGGUCCGCCUCCAAACAGCCGAGAAGGGCGUCUACACCGGCGCCAUCGAUGUGGUCAAGAGGAGUAUCGCCAAGGAUGGUCUAAGGAGGGGUCUCUACGCUGGUGUCAGCGCGCCGCUUGUUGGUGUUACUCCCAUGUUCGCCGUCUCCUUCUGGGGCUACGACCUCGGCAAGCAAAUCGUCCGGGCCACCUCCACCGUCGCGCCCGACGGCAACCUCUCCAUCGCCCAAAUCUCCGCCGCCGGCUUCUUCUCCGCCAUCCCCAUGACGGCCAUCACCGCCCCCUUUGAGCGCGUCAAGGUGAUCCUGCAAGUCCAAGGCCAGCAGAAGCUCGCCCCCGGCGAGAAGCCCAAGUACUCUGGCGGCAUGGACGUAGUCCGCCAACUCUACAAAGAGGGAGGCGUGCGCUCAGUCUUCCGCGGUUCCGUCGCCACUUUGGCCCGCGACGGCCCCGGUUCGGCGGCUUACUUCGCCGCCUACGAGUACAUCAAGAAGGCGCUGACGCCCAAGGAUCCCGUCACGGGCGAGGCCAGCGGCAAGCUCAGCCUGGGCGCUAUUACUCUUGCUGGUGCCGGUGCCGGUGUCGCCAUGUGGAUCCCUGUCUUCCCGAUCGAUACCGUCAAGAGCAGGCUGCAGACUGCCGAGGGCAACGUGACGAUUGGCGGUGUCGUUAAGCAGCUGUACAGGGCGGGCGGCUACAAGGCUUUCUUCCCUGGCUUUGCGCCGGCGCUGGCUAGAGCGAUGCCGGCUAAUGCUGCUACUUUCUUGGGUGUUGAGUUGGCUCAUCAGGCUAUGAACAAGGCUUUUAACUAA